CCCCCAGGCUGCCUCCGUGCCCGGGCAGACCCAGGCUGGCUGCUGCUGGGCAGAUGGGACUGUGGGCAGGGGCCCGGAGGGGCCUCCUCACAAGUGACUCGGCCACCCUGGCCCUCUCCUCCAAGCCAGCAGGGUGGGGACAUGUGGCACUCCCCAGCCCCCCACAGCGCCCCAGCCCCAGUGGGCACCACAGCUGAAUCCGGGCUCAUUCCAGACCUCGUUGCCAGGAUCCCCUGGCCCCGAUGGGCACUCAUAGCCGCUGCGGCCGCCGCCGGCGCCCUCUUUGUGUGCUGCCUCCUCUGUGCCCUCUGCUGCUGUCGCCGGCCCCGCAGGAGGAAGUCCCGAGAUGGAGAGACCGUGGGCCUGCGCAGUGCCCAGGGCACCACCUCCGCCCACCUGGUGCAGCCGGAUGUGGACGAUGUGGGGCUCAGCCCAGGGGGAGCCCCGCAGUGGGGGCGCCUGCAGCUCGCCCUGGAGUAUGACUCUGGAAGCCAGGAGAUCAGAGUGGGCCUCAAGCAGGCAGUGGACCUGCGGUCCAGAGGCCCGGGUGGCACCGCAGACCCCUACGCCCGCAUCAGCCUGUCCCCUCAGGCCGGGCACGGACAUGAGACCAAAGUGCACCGAGGCACGCUCUGCCCGGUGUUCGACGAGACCUGCUGCUUCCGCGUUCCCCCCGCGGAGCUCCCCCAGGCCACCCUGCGGGUGCAAGUGCUGGACUUCAAGCGCUUCUCCAGGCAUGAGCCGCUGGGCGAGCUCAGCCUCCCGCUGGGCACCGUGGAUCUGCGGCAUGUCCUGGAGCUCUGGCACCAGCUGGGCCCACCGGGCACCACCGAGGCUGAGCAGACGGGGGCGCUGUGCUUCUCGGUCCGCUACGUGCCCGGCUCAGGCUGCCUGACCGUGGUCGUGCUGGAGGCGCGGGGCCUGAGCCUGGGGCGGGCAGAGGUCUACGUGAAGGUCCAGCUCAUGCUGAGCCAGAGGAAGUGGAAGACGAGAAAGACAUCUGCCAGGAAGGGCACGGCCACCCCCUACUUCAACGAGGCUUUCACCUUCCGCGUGCCCUUCAGCCAGAUCCAGAGUGUGGACCUGGUGCUGACCGUCUGCACCCGGGGCCCGCGGUUUCGGGCUGAGCCCGUGGGUAAGGUGGUGCUGGGCACCCGGGCCUCGGGUCAGCCCCUGCAGCACUGGGCGGACGUGCUGGCUCACGCCCGGCGGCCGAUCGCCCAGUGGCACCGCCUGCAACCUGCCAGGGAGGGGGACCGGGCCCCGGUCCUGCAUCCCCGCCGGGGCCUGCCCUGGCCCGGCUCCUGAAAACACCCUGCGCCUCAGUCUCCCCCACUGAGCUGUGGGCACCUG